AUGGCAACAGAUGCCGUGACCCACACCCCUCCUGAUGGAGCGGUUGAAUCACUCCCCCCUCCUCUCGCCCUGGCGCUGGCUGAGCCUGAUUCUGAGCCCAUACCCCUGCGGGUCGUGGUUAAGAAGCGGGUUGUGGGUGGUAGCGUGGCCCGACCCCACUACUGGCCUUGGCAGGUCUCUCUCCAGUACAGGUCCAGAGGCAGUAGCUACCACCACACCUGUGGAGGCACUCUAGUCAGCAGGGACUGGGUGAUGACUGCAGCUCACUGUGUCAACAGAUGCAGGACCUGGCGUGUUGUCCUUGGAGAGUAUGAUCUCAACUGUAACAGCAGAAAGGAGCAGAUCCUGGGUGUUACCCGUGUCUACAUACACCCAAAAUGGAACUCCAAAAAAUUGGCUAACGGAUAUGACAUCGCCCUGCUGCGCCUCUCUUCAAAGGCCCAACUGAACUCCGAUGUGAGGCUGGCCACGCUGCCUCCACCAGGACAAGUGCUGGGCCACAAGCACGUCUGCUACAUCACUGGCUGGGGACGCACAUCAACUAAGGGCAGGCUCUCUACUCUGCUGAAGCAGGCCUAUCUGCCCAUUGUGGGCCAUAGCACAUGCUCUUGCCCAAGCUGGUGGGGACGGACUGUCAAGAACACUAUGCUGUGCGCUGGAGGUGGCAGCAACUCUGGAUGCAACGGAGACUCUGGUGGUCCCCUUAACUGCUGGGUGAAUGGGAAAUAUGUGGUCCACGGAAUAACCAGCUUUGGCUCUCGUCAUGGCUGUAACAUCCGACAGAGGCCAACUGUCUUCACCCGUGUGUCUGCAUUCCUGUGCUGGAUGAAGAGAGUAAGAGCUGGCAUACAACAUGCUAGGGAUGUGCGUGAAAAUGGCGCAACCAAGCGCGAGUUUUAA